AUGCUGCCGAGUUGGAAGUUUACAUUUUCUGUUUCUGCAGCCCAGAUCCAAGGGGAGGUGGAGCGUAUAUUUGAGCUGGCCCAGAGCAUGCAGCUUGUCAUUUUGGAUGCAGACACAAUUAAUCAUCCACUGCAAGUGUCCAAGACUUCGCUUGCUCCAAUUCUUGUUUAUGUGAAGAUAUCUUCACCAAGAGUGCUGACAAGACUUAUCAAGACAAGAGGAAAAUCUCAAACCAAACAUCUUAACGUCCAACUUGUGGCAGCAGACAAGCUGGCCCAGUGUCCGCCGGAAAUGUUUGAUGUCAUAUUAGACGAGAACCAGCUUACUGAUGCCUGUGAGCACAUCGCGGAUUACCUUGAAUCUUACUGGAAAGCAACGCAUCCGCCAGAGAUGGAGCCUUCAAAUGCACUUGUAGCACAGCUGGCUGAGAACACAUUGCCUGCCUCUCCAGCAACAGUACCGGAUGAGCAGAAGAGUAAGAAGCAGGCUGCCUCCAAGAGGAAGGGUUCACAUGAGAACCACCCAGACAAGGAGACCCCACCCGCCCCAGAUCAGGAGGACAGAGUUGAAAAAGGCCAAAGAAAGGAAGAAGAGGAGCGACAUCUGAGGACAGAACCAAAAAGAUCGCAGCACACCCACCACCAUCACCACCACCACCACCACCGACGGAUGGAACACCACAGCCACGCACAGCACAGCCAAAUAUCUGGUGAUGUGAAUGCAAAGUCAGGUAGAGAUUACAGCCAGAGGCCUCCAAGGAGACCCCUGUAUGAGGAGAGGGAGGACGAGGUGGAGGAAGUGGAGGUGGAGGGCAAUGAGGAGGAAAUACACUACAACCACCGGGGACAUAACCAUCACCACCACAGUAGCAACCACCACCAUUAUCACCAUCAUCACCAACACCACCGUGGCCAGCUGCAUGACAGGGAGGGCUACGAGCAGGAGCACAACGAACGCAACCGACAUCAGAGGCAUCACCAGCGUAUCCCAACACGGACACACCAUGCAGACCUCUAUCCUGCACACAACCAUCACAACUACAACCACCAGGGCAGAGAUCGGGACAGAGACAGAUACAAGGACAGGGAGAGCGACAGGGAUCGAAUCAGAGACAGAGAAGCACGUCAGUGGCACAAAGAUUCUUACAUGGAUGACUGACAUGUUUCUACUCCCAAGCUGAUGCAGUUUUAUGCUUCCCAUUUUAUAAUGCACUCAUAGGUGAAACAGUCAUUUUGAAUGUACACUAUUCUUUCAUACUGUUUAUUGCUCUUUAAC